UACGCCUGACCCGGGGGCCUGGAGCAUUCUGAACCCAGAGCAAGUUUCCUUUUCUCCAGGACCGCAUCUGGUAGCAAGGACAGUGCUGGCCCUCAGAGCCCAAGGCCCAGGGGACUGGCAGGAAAUUUUAGGGACGUUCCAGACACCGUGCCUGCAGGUGGAGCCAGGACUGAACUGCAGCCUUCCCUCCACUGCCAGAGCAGCUGCCAGAGGCCAGGCCAGAGUCACCUCGCCCUGGCUGGUAGAGAGCCGCCCCUCGGGAGGUUUUGUCCAGGCCAGCUGCACAGGAAAGGAAAGAAGCCAAGAGCACCUCAAAGUCCAGCCUACUGGUGACUGACACUCACAGAUGAGCGAAGAGCUGGCAGCUAUGGGGCCUGCAGCUUCCGGGAAUGGAGUCAGGACAGAAACAGCUCUGCACCCAGCGCUGGGUUCCAGAGUCGGCCUGCACGCCUACGACAUCGCAGUGGUGGUUGUCUACUUCAUCUUUGUUAUCGCCGUGGGCAUCUGGUCGUCCAUCCGCGCCAGCAGAGGAACCAUUGGUGGCUAUUUCCUGGCAGGGAGGUCCAUGAGCUGGUGGCCAAUUGGAGCAUCUUUGAUGUCCAGCAAUGUGGGCAGUGGCUUAUUCAUCGGCCUGGCUGGGACAGGGGCUGCUGGAGGCCUUGCUGUGGGUGGCUUCGAGUGGAACGCAACCUGGCUCCUCCUGGCCCUGGGCUGGAUCUUUGUCCCCGUGUACAUUGCAGCCGGUGUGGUCACGAUGCCACAGUACCUGAAGAGGCGAUUUGGAGGCCAGAGGAUCCAGGUGUACAUGUCUGUCCUGUCUCUCAUCCUAUACAUCUUCACCAAGAUAUCGACUGACAUCUUCUCUGGAGCCCUCUUCAUCCAGAUGGCCUUGGGAUGGAAUCUUUAUCUCUCCACGGGGAUCUUGCUGGUGGUGACAGCUGUCUACACCAUUGCAGGGGGCCUCACGGCUGUGAUCUACACAGACGCUCUCCAGACAGUGAUCAUGGUGGGCGGAGCCCUGGUCCUCAUGUUUCUGGGGUUUCAGGAGGUGGGCUGGUACCCAGGCCUGGAGCAACGGUACAGGCAGGCCAUCCCUAAUGCCACAGUCCCCAACACCACCUGUCACCUCCCACGGCCUGAUGCCUUCCACAUGCUUCGGGACCCAGUGAGCGGGGACAUCCCUUGGCCAGGUCUCAUUUUCGGGCUCACAGUAUUGGCCACAUGGUGCUGGUGCACAGACCAGGUCAUUGUGCAGAGGUCUCUCUCUGCCAAGAGCCUGUCCCAUGCCAAGGGAGGCUCAGUGCUGGGGGGCUACCUGAAGAUCCUUCCCAUGUUCUUCAUCAUCAUGCCCGGCAUGAUCAGCCGGGCCCUGUUCCCAGAUGAGGUAGGAUGUGUGGACCCUGACAUCUGCCAAAGAAUCUGCGGCGCCCGGGUGGGCUGCUCCAACAUCGCCUACCCCAAGCUGGUCAUGGCGCUCAUGCCCGUUGGUCUGCGGGGCCUGAUGAUCGCCACGAUCAUGGCCGCCCUUAUGAGUUCACUCACCUCCAUCUUCAAUAGCAGCAGCACCCUGUUUGCCAUGGACGUGUGGCUGCAUCUCCGCAGAAAGGCAACGGAGCAGGAGCUGAUGGUGGUGGGCAGAGUGUUCGUGGUGUUCCUGGUUGCCAUCAGCAUCCUGUGGAUCCCCAUCAUCCAGAACUCGAACAGUGGGCAGCUCUUCGACUACAUCCAGUCUAUUACCAGCUACCUGGCCCCACCCAUUACUGCUCUCUUCCUCCUGGCCAUCUUCUGCAAGAGGGUCACAGAGCCUGGAAGCCCAGAAGAGACAGGCCCAAAUCUGCUGGCUGUGCCUUGGGAAGUCAGGGAUGUCAUGGACACAACUCCACAGAGCAAUGGAGCUUUCUGGGGCCUCAUGUGUGGCCUGGGAGUGGGGCUUCUGCGCAUGAUCCUGGAGUUCUCAUACCCAGCCCCAGCCUGCGGAGAGGUGGACCCAAGGCCAGCUGUGCUGAAGGACUUUCACUACCUGUACUUCGCACUCCUUCUCUGUGGGCUCACAGCCAUCGUCAUCGUCACCAUCAGCCUCUGUACAACACCCAUCCCUGAGGAAAAGCUCGCUCACCUGACCUGGUGGACACGGAACUGGCCCCUCUCUGAGCAUGAGAGCACACUGGGGCCACCAGAGAGGCCAGCUGGCAAGUCCCCUGCAGGAGGGGAAGUAGCAGAGAACUCCAGCCAGGGCCAGCAGCAGCGUGGAGCCAGGUCCUGGGGAAAGCUGCUCUGGGGCUGGUUCUGUGGGCUCUCGGGGGCCCCAGAGCAGGCCCUGAGCUCAGCGGAGAAGGCUGCGCUAGAGCAGAAGCUGACCAGCAUCCGUGAGGAACCCCUCUGGAGAAGUGUCUGCAACAUCAAUGCCAUCCUCUUGCUGGCCAUCAAUGUCUUCCUCUGGGGCUAUUUUGCGUGACUCUGCAGACCCCGCUUCAGCGGAGACGGAGGAAACCCAGCCAACCCGCGAGCCUGGGAGACAGGCUUUCCUUCCACCUUGCUGCCUAAAGUGGGACCCAGAGCUAAGACUGCAAGAUCCCCUGAAGAGCUUCCAAUCCCACCCACACGCAUGACAAGUGGGCAAAUGGAGGCCGCCAGAGAGCACCACCAGCAGGGCUCCCGGGGUCUCCCCUCUCCACACCUCUUUCCUGUACAUUGCCUUACAUUCCUACCUCAAAAACACUGCCUCCACCCUCUCCCUGAGUCUGUUUAGGCACCUUCACUGCACGUGUGUCUUGAGGCAGGUGCAUGGAGCAGUAAGAAAUUUGCAAGAACUGGUGGCGCCAGUAGCUCAGUAGUUAGGGCGCCGGCCACAUACACGAAGGCUGGCGGGUUCGAACCUGGCCCGGGCCAGCUAAGAACAACAAUGACAACUGCAACAAAAAAACAGCCGGGUGUUGUGGCGGGCGCCUGUAGUCCCAGCUACUUGGGAGGCUGAGGCAAGACAAUCGCUUAAGCCCAAGAGUUUGAGGUUGCUGUGAGCUGUAACUUCCACACCAUCUACCAAGGGCAACAAAGUGAAACUCUGUCUCUAAAAAAAAAAGAAAAAAGAAAGAAAGAAAUUUGCAAGAACCCAGUGCACCUUUGCUCCCUGUAUCCUCUGCUCUUCUCACUUCUAGCCCAUGACAUCUCUCUGUAUUCUCAACCUGCAGCCAUCUAUUUGCAGCACAAAUCUAGCCAAGAGGGCCCUGUAUUUCCAGGGCCACGCCACAGUGGUGGCCAUCAGACCCAAAGGAUGGAAGGGUCUGUCCUAAGUACUAUUCAAAUUCUGCCUCCUUCUGCUACCAAACCCACAUAUAACAAAGCCUCCAUUGGCUUCAGUUCAAUCAGAGACACAGGCAUGACUUGAAAACACACGUCACUGUGUACCUCUGGGUGAGCCCGGAGGGGCUCAAGGACCGUCAGGGAGCCAUUGCACCUGGGCCUGUGUUCCCCUCCCUGCAUCCACCUGCCCUGGAACACACCGCGACCCUGCUUAAGCAUCCUUUCUCCACGAAGCUGCCCUGAUGCCCGAGACUGGGUCAUGAUCCCACUCCUGUCCCCACGGGCCUUGGACCUGCUUCUGCCACACCACACUGGGACAUGAUCCCACUCCUGUCCCCACAGCCCUUGGGCCUGCUUCUGUCCCACCACACUGUGGUGUGGACUCUCCUUCAAACAGCAGUGUCCAAGGGCCAUGUCCAAAGUUGAUUUUGUAUCCAGAAAAGAACAGGUGCUCAAUAAAUGUUUAUUGAAUUAAUAA